GUGCCAUGGGGGCCACAACAAGCGCCAGACAAUUCCCACACCUGGCGCGAGGAAGACCCGGUAACAAGGCGCGUGUUUCGUUCCCUUCAUUGAACGCUGGUGUGGCCGACGGACUUCGUUCUGGCGUUGUUCCCUAGCAUGGUGGCUCUCGGCUCGGAGUAAAUCGGAACCGAAAACCAACUGACAAAGCUUGGAUAAAUAUACUGUUUAUAUAUAUAUUUCUUUCGAAGCAUUAUUUGAGGAGUUCAGACAUGGUGGUCACCUGUAGGAAGUGACUGCGGCGCGGUCGCGUCCCUGCCUCCCGUAGCCGUAAGUGCCAGGUGCGGCGCCAUGACCGUCGUGGCACCCGUGCCUCGCCCCAACUCUCUGCUGCCGCGGGCUCCAGCACCCUGGCGCCCUGCGGCCGCUGCCGCCCUUGGCCUGCCUGCGGCAGUGCAGAGCCUCCUGCAGCAGCUGGGCGGAACAUUCCACACGUACCACCCCUUCCGCCGCGCCCGGAGGGAGAGCGACGAUGAGGCCAACAUUCCCCGCAACCCCGCGCCCCUUCUGUUGCUCUGCCGGCAGGCGCUCAUCUCCUCCUUCGGGCUGCGGAAGCUGCGGCGACUCUUGCUGUGGGCGGGGGCGCCGCGCUCCGUGUCGAGGAUCUUGUCGACGAUCGGCGCCGGGGAGUGCGAGGCCCUGGGGGCAGCGCCCCUGACCGACGUGUUCGCGCAGCCCUUCUUCCACAGGGCCAUCACGUGGCGCGUGACGUGCUGCCUGGACCGCCAGCCCUACCUCACCACCUACGCCGCCACCAACGCCAUCCACGGCUACUGCGUCCCCUGGGGCGAGUGGCAUUGGCUCGGAUGGGCGGCCGACGCAUGGUUCUGGGUGGACCACGCCCAUAUAAUGAGCGUGUGGGGUGUGGUCUACGAUGACGUGACCAGCAACGCCUUCUACCUUCUGGACACGCCCAUAGCCACGCUCGACCAGAUUCAGACGCGGCUGACGGCGUGCGGGUGCUCGGUGCCCGAAGAGCUGGUGUGGACCGUCGUGUACCAGGUGGGCUCGGCGCUGCUCCACAUGCUGACGGCGGGCCUCCCGUACACGCCGCUGGCCCUCGACAACAUCUUCCUGCUCAGGGACCGGCUGGCGCUCGAGAACAUGCUUUCGAGGAAGCACAGGAUGACCGGGUGCGGCUGCGAGGCGUGGCGAGGCUCCGCCGGGCACCAGCGCGCGACGUCGGCGGGCCAGUCGGAGCGCUGCUUCAUCCACCACAUCGGCCAGGUCAUCUUCGCCCUCAUCACGCCGCACCUGCGCUCGCAGCCCGAGGGCAGCGUCCCCCCCUGUAGCCCCGUCAGCACGCUGCGCUCCCUCAAGCACCUCUACUCGCCGACCCUCCUGCGCCUCCUUUCCCGGACGCUGGCGGGGGGCGUGAGCACGGCGUGGGGCGUGAUGGGCGGCGGUGGCGAGGGGCGCGUCGCCGUCAGGGCAUUCCAGUGGGAGACGCAGUGGGAGCAGCUGGACCCCUGCCCCGAGGCCGAGUGGCCGCUGGGUACCUCGGACGCCGUGGCGUGCCCCACGUACGGCGCGGGGAGGAGGCCCGAGCAGAAGACGUACUGCGCCACGGCCACCAUCACCCUCAGACGCUCCUCCUCCUCCUCGUCCGCCUCCUCCUCCGAAGACCUUGACGCCUUGGGCGCCGAGGAGAAGCGUGCAAGGCCGACGGGGCCCGCCCCGGCGCCUCCCGCUCGACCCGAGGGGGCGCGCGAGAGGUGGAGGGGCGCUGCCUCCACGCCUUCGCCGCCUCCGACGAGCGAGCAAGAGGCCGCCAGCAGCGCCAGCAGCGCCUUCCUGCACGACAGCGCACCGGUCCAGCUAGCGCAGGUGGUUGUGGUGGCGGCGGAGAGGAUCCUGUCGCUGAGCCCGGGCGCCAGCCUGGCCGAAUCCGUCAUGGCGUCGCCGCACCGCCUCAUCCAGCACGUGAUGACGGCGCAGAAGAAGCACCUCAAGACCAAGUGAUGCGGUCGCCUGCCUCCCUCCCUCCCUCCCUCCCUCUCUCUCUCUCUCUCUCUCUCUCUCUCAGAAAUCUUUAUAUACAGUAUAUAUAUACAUAAGGCCACACAUUUUAUAUUUAGUCACUUUUAUAAGGAAAGUCCUUCCAUAAGGAAAGUCACAGAGAAAGGUUCGUGCCCCCCCCCCCAAAGCCACCGCCAUCGGCUGACUUCCCUCGUGCGUCCAAGUGCCAUAUGAUGCUGGAUAAAGGCAUCCAAGCCUACCAAAGAAUCUAUAAAAAAGAAAACGAAACAUAAGUGAGAAGAUGGAUGCAGAUAAAAAAUAGUAUCAUGGAUGAGGAGAUGAAUGCAGAAGAAACAGUAACAUCUUCGCCACAAAAGUAUAAAGCUAUAGCGGCGUGUUUCGGUCUUUUCUUCCUUUUAGGUCAAGAUAUAUUUUGGUUUGUCGUCUCUUUGACAAGGGAAAUCUGUCUCUCACAUGAAGAGACUCACUCAGGUCGUAGAAAGAUAUAUGUUCACUCUAGGCGAAUACCACGCGUUUUUGUUCUUGACGCGAAAGAUGAAUGGCGGAAUUAUCCAUCUUAUUCAAAAUGAGGAUGAAAAUGCAUUGCGCGGCCGCAUCUCUGCAUACCUUCACAUGUGGAUACAAAUCAAGCGAAAUGAAGUGGAAAACGAGUGUUUAUGAUAAUGCAUACACGAGGCUUCGUUAACAAGAGGAGUUUUUUUUUUCAAGGAUCCUUUCCUUCACACGAAGCUGUAUUUUUGCACUCCUUUUGAUGUGUUUAGAGUUAAGUUAGCUUUUAGACAGAUAUGACUUAUAAAAAGCAACAUGUAGUGCUGAGUAUUAUGACACGAUCCUGUGAUUUAAGGUAAGGACAGAUGAAAUAUUAUAGUGAAAGAGUAACUUAUUUUUGUUUACUAUUUCUACGAGCGUGAGUCAGUGUUCGUUUGCCUACGAGCCUAAUGUUAGUUGACUGUACAUUUUAUUAUAAUGGUUUACAGUUGUGGGGAUUAGUCAUUUACACUUACCAGAUGAUUAUAUGUUUAUGUGAUAUUUAUUUGCGAUAUGUAUUUUUUUCUAAUUUUGGUGUCAAAAUUCUUUGUAUGAUGUGAUAGGCAAUAAGGUUUUAUCAUAGUUCGGUAAAAUUGUAUUAAUCUAAAUGCACUGUAUACCUUAGUAGUUAAAGUAAGAAUAUACAAUGUGCAAGCAAAACAAUAAAGUUACCACUUGGUUAA